ACAAUAUGCAGCAGGAGAAAGAAGAGUUUGCCGACAGCUGUGAAGUCAUAAUCGUGACUAGUCAACACUGUCAUCACAAUAUGCAGCAGGAGAAAGAAGAGUUUGCCGACAGCUGUAAAGUAUCAUAUUAUGUACGUCUUUUCUUGGCGAGAAGAACGACUAUACUGUACAUGACCGUUGUGGAUAAUCUGCGCAUUGAGUAAAUGUUAUCACAGCGUUGACUGUCAGAGCUUGACUGUAGGACAAAGCGUCCAACUUCCUGGUGUACAUAUUCACUUGUCAAGAUGGAGGGGCACAGGCUCGGAGUCCUGCUGUGUAUCUGUGUCUGUGUGCUGGACUGUGUGUCAGGUGACUGUACGCCAGGUAAAUACGGCUACAGGUGCAGCUACCAGUGUUACUGUCCCCUGGUCAAUUGUAACUCUACUUCCGGUUGCGAACCUGCAAAUUGUUCCGAUGGAUGGUCCGGUCCGACUUGUCAGAAAGAAAACUUAGCCUUCAACAUGACAACAUCAUCAAGUAGUGUCCAUUUCCCAUCAUCAAACGCCGUCAAUGGGGACAUAAAAGGCGGUGACGAACACAGAUGUUUUCAUUCAGUGUAUGAUGAUGCCAAUAUAACAUCUGCCUGGUGGAGAGUGGAUCUCGGAAACGAAACACUGGUGCGUGAUGUCGUCAUAUACUUCAGAACUAAUUACAUAGUUCGUCGGAAUGGUAUCCAGAUCUACAUCGCUGAUACUGACAACUCCUCUACUGAUGGAGUCAACUGCUACAACGUGACAGGGAACAGAAACGGGACGGACAUACCUGAUGUUUUGAACGUCACGUGUUCAGAUGAAGGACGCUUUCUGGUCCUGUACACCACAACUGUCAACAACGAGAUCAACAAUGUCAACGUACCCGUCUUGGAUUUUUGUGAAGUGAAGGUUGAAGUGUGUGGUCCUGGUACCUUUGGUGCUGACUGUAACAACUACUGCCACUGUGACGGCGAGGUGUGUAACUACUUGAGCGGCGUCUGUCCGAGUGGAGACUGUCUACCAGGCUGGCAACCAGACAAGUGUGACACGGUAUGUGUAUUUGGCGGCUAUGGAAGAAACUGUAAUGGGCGAUGCCCAGACAGGCACUGCAAGGGCGACAACUCCAGCUGUGCUCACGUAACGGGGAAGUGUGUUGAGGGCUGUGAGGCAGGAUGGAAUGGAACUGACUGUACACAGAAAUGUGUAAAUUCCUACGGAGAAGGCUGUGUCCACCUGUGUUCCUCUAGGAGGUGUAGUGGAACCUCAUCCUGUAAUCACGUGACCGGGCAUUGUGAAAAUGGCUGCAGACACGGAUGGAAGCAUAUUGAUUGUACAGAAGCCUGUAUCCAAGGAGUGGAACAUGGCGCUGGUUGUGUUAGUAACUGCAGUGCCCGGAUGUGUAAGGGAGGGAAUUUCACCUGUCCCCGGGACACAGGCCAAUGUGUGUCAGGAUGUCACUCAGGGUGGAAGGGAGGAGACUGUGCUACUGCCUGCGUCCAAGGAAUGGAAUAUGGCGCUGGUUGUGUUGGUCACUGUAGUGCCAGGAUGUGUAAGGGAGGGAAUGAUACCUGUCCCCGGGACACAGGCCAAUGUGUGUCAGGAUGUCAGCCAGGGUGGAAAGGAGAAGACUGUGCUACUGCCUGUGUCCAAGGAGUAGAAUAUGGAGCAGUAUGUGAGGGUAACUGUAGUGCCCGGAUGUGUAAGGGAGGAAAUGACACCUGUCCCCGAGACACAGGCCAAUGUGUGUCAGGAUGUCAGCCAGGGUGGAAGAGAGAAGAUUGCACUCAAACCUGCGUCCAAGGAAUGGAAUAUGGCGCUGGUUGUGUUGGUAACUGUAGUGCCAGGAUGUGUAAGGGAGGGAAUGUCACCUGUCCCUGGGACACAGGCCGAUGUGUGUCAGGAUGUCAGCCAGGGUGGAAAGGAGAAGACUGUGCUACUGCCUGUGUCCAAGGAGUAGAAUAUGGGGCAGUAUGUGAGGGUAACUGUAGUGCCCGGAUGUGUAAGGGAGGAAAUGACACCUGUCCCCGAGACACAGGCCAAUGUGUGUCAGGAUGUCAGCCAGGGUGGAAGAGAGAAGAUUGCACUCAAACGACAGCAUGUGUCCAAGGGCUGGAAUAUGGAGCUAACUGUGUUGGUAACUGCAGUGCCCGGAUGUGUGGGGGAGAAAUCGCCACCUGUCCCUGGGAUACAGGCCGGUGUGAGUCAGGAUGCCAAUCAGGGUGGAAGGGAGGAGACUGCAUUACAGUGUGUAGUUCUGGUACAUAUGGUGCCAACUGUACUGGAAAAUGUGGACAGUGUCGUGACUCCAAGAACUGUCACCAUGUCAACGGUGCCUGCCCGAGUGGAUGCAUUGACGGAUGGACUGAACACACCUGCACACAAACUAUCAGCAUGCCUGUGCCGAGUAAUGCCGGUGCCAUCGCGGGUGCCAUUCUUGCUGUCCUCGCUGUAUUGGCCAUCAUUGUUGUGGUUGUGGUUGUCUUUAGAAGGCGGAAGAGUCAUCCGAAGCGGUCUGAUGAUCAUACAGACAUGUUCGAAAUACACAAAGGCCACAUAUCUGACAAAGGACUUGAAAACUCAGCGCAUAAAGGUGUAGUGGAGGAGGACGAGGACGGUGUAGAGGAGGACCAGAAUAUGGAGGACCACAGUGCCACGUACUACAACAUAGCGAGUGCUCCUGCAGUGACGGUGGUGUCUGUAGAUCAGCUGGGGGAGCGGAUCAAGGAACUGCAGGUGCCCGUCGGACGAUUCCAGGCAGAGUUUCAGAAGCUGUCCACCACCUUCACCCGACCUUACAAAAACUCCCAGCUGGAGGAAAACAAGGGCAAGAACAAAUACAUAAGUUAUUACCCAUAUGAUGCCACUCGGGUCGUGUUGAAGGAGGUGCCAGACCAGCCUGGUUCCGACUACAUCAAUGCCAGCUACAUCGAUGGACAUUCUCAACCAAAAGCCUACAUAGCAGCACAAGCUCCAAACAAGAAGACCCUGACUGACUUCUGGAAGAUGAUCUGGGAACAGAACUGUACACAAAUCGUCAUGCUGACAAAUCUCAAGGAGCUGGGAAGGGUGAAGUGCGAAGCAUAUUGGUCAGAUACAUCAGACAUGCGUGUGGGAGACUUCAUCAUAUCUGUGACCGACUCCAAAAGGCGGGCUAACUGGGUCGUCAGGGAACUACAGGUGACAGAGACAAAGACCAACACAAGUCGAUGUUUCGACCAUUUCCACUUCACAACAUGGCCCGAUCAUGGAACUCCUGAGGAGACGGCCUUGACUGAGUUUCUGUGGCUGGUCAGGACGGCACCAACCAUACAGCAUGAAGCUCUGCUGGUACACUGCAGUGCUGGGGUCGGCCGGACAGGGACGUACAUCGCCGUGGACUACCUUCUGGACCAGGCACUGGCUGAAGAUAGGGUGGAUGUGUUUGGUUGUGUCUCGAGGAUGAGAGACCAGAGGAAGGGCAUGAUACAGACCAAGGAGCAGUACACAUGUGUUUAUAUGGCCCUGUACGAAACACUCGAAUUUGGUAAUACUGCCAUCAGCGUUGAGGACUUCAGAUACAGACGGAAUAUGAGAGGAGCAUUCAGCAUGGGGCGAAUGGCAGUCUCCAAGUUAAUAGAGACCCUGAACACAGAAAGGAAGGAGCAGUCUCAGGAACCCAGCGUCAGAGGUCGUGUGUGGAUAAAUGGAUGCUCAGACAUCCUAGCUGUCAGCUCACGGUCUCACCUGUCAGUAAAAGGCUACCUGCUAACUGAGGCCCCUUCCGUCACCACGGCGUCUCUGUUCUGGAAACUCACCGAGGAACAGGAGUCUUCCACUGUCAUUGUCCUGCCAGACUCACACCAGAGUCUGUCCAGUUUUGUGCCAUCGACAGGAGACAGCCUUGAUCUUGGUCCUGUUAAUGUCAGAUGCUCCAGAGAGACCACCGUCAACACAGACAUCACCCUCUUGAACAUCCACAGACAGAUGGAGAAUUCCCCAACAGCACUUGUGCAUGUGUAUGUCUUGAACAUCCUUCCCGCGGAAUCCCCCUCCACUUUGUUGGAGCUUCUGGAACAAGUCGACCGCCACACAGGGGAGGUCAACCCCCACACGGUUACUGUCAUAUACAGCGAUGGCGGCCGACAGAAUGGAGCCAUGUUAUGCAUCCUGAGCAAUAUUGUCCAAGGUUUGAAGCAUGACAAACGAGCUGAGAUCUACAACAACAUGAGAACCAUGACCCACUGUCUGGACCAGGACAUCACGCAGGAUGACAUUGCCCUGUGUUACGACGUUGCCACAGCGUACCUGGAAUCGCAGAACAUUUACGCCAACAUGUGAUAACCGACCAGCCAUGUGUGCUGUAUCGAUGCUGCAAGGGACAUCAAUCUCAAAUAACAUCUUGAUUUUUAUAGUUAUUGAUCUUAAAUAGUAUUUGUUUGGUAUACGUUUACUUCUUAACCAAUGCCGUUAUGGAUAUAUUCAUUCAAUCAGAAUUUCAAUAUAAAAUAUGAAUCAAUUCUCGAUUGAUGAAAUGAUGUUGUUAUGAAUACCAUGUUUGGAGCUAACGAACACAGCUUUCACCGCUUGUGUAGAUGUGUUUACUGCGUGUGAUGCUAAUAUUGUGUCUCGAGGUUACCAACAAGGCUUUUCCAGUGUGUAGAUGUAUUUACUGUUUGUGAUGCUUGAUGGCACAGGUGUCGGAAUGUUUUUCUUAAUUUAUUCACUAAUUGGAGCAAAAAUAUACCUUAAUCCAGAUACCUUCUAUAAAGACAUGCCCAUAUACCAUGCAUCAAAGUGUGCAUACAUUCUUCAUCUGAGGGAAGUUCUGUUACAUAAUGGUUCUGAUAUGAUUUCUAUUUGUCCAGGGCCACUGCUACAUAACAGCUGCAAUGACAUGCCAGAAUAUUGGUAUGUUACACUUGUGGUUGAACUCUACAAAAAAGAAGGCCUUAGAUGGUCAGGAUAUGACGUUCAAUUUGCGCUGAUCAGAGUUUUACAAAGGAUGCUAUAAUGUUUAGUUGCUUUUUCACAUAAACGUUCACACGCAAUAACUUGCCAAUCUCACCACAUAACAUUAUUAUAUGAUUUACCUCAUCGGGACCUAGAUUUGACGCACAUUCGCGAGCAACAAGCAAGUCGCUAAUAAUCUAUUGCUUCCAGAACUAGACAUCUUUGCUUUUUCUAUGUAUUAUUUACUUUAAACCUACCUUCAUACUUACAGCGUACAUACAUAACGUACUGAUGGGAUUUGUCUAACCCGUGAUUAUAUAUCCAUUCCAGCUUUAUACUGGGUUCCCAAACUUGAUAAGCAUAUGUAUUAAGAUAUAUGUACUGCCGAGUCCCGCAAAUAUACAAAUCUUUGCCAACUAUUACUAACAAUACCUCUGACAUCUACCAUGCAGGCCUAAUUAAAAACUGCCAUAGAACAUAAGAGUCAAGUGGCGUUAAUCACAUGUGGUAAUUUUGAAAAUAUUUACUUGAAGUUAUACAAUCUCAUACACUAAUGGAUGUUUUCAAUUUGUAAAAUAGGAAAGAAACUCUACUCGAACAUAACUGGUAGUCGCCAGUCGUCACAGCGACCGUGCACUUAAUACCACAUCUGAUAUUCCAUUUUUUCGUAGAAAAUGCUUUUAUUGAAAAGAUUUGGAUUGUAUUAAAUCGGAUACAGAUCUUGUACAUACAUGUUUAUAUUUACUGAUAAUCGAUUAUGCGGAAGAGAGAUCGAGGUUAUGUGUUUUAGGAUGGUAAAUAUCCAGUUUUUGGAGGAAAUACUAUUACGCCCGGAGCCAAGGAUCGCUAAAUACAAUGUGUAUUUUCCCCAAAAGGAUAUUUAUACGUAUCCGCAUAUCGAUUAUCAGUCAAUUUAAACAUACACGUACAAGAUCUGGACCCGUUCCACAAAGUGAUAUGAACACGAUGGUGACUCUACUAUUGUAACAUUGACAUACCACAGUCGUGAAAAGAUACUCUGUUGUUAUUUUGAUAUGUCAACCUCUUGUAGAACUUAAGGCAUACAACAGGUGUUCUAUUGUUGGCCUUUGAAACCAUGGUUAUAUUACAAUGAGGUGGGCAAAGAUUGGAUUACGGUAACGAAUAUCUGUACAUGAAAUUACAUUGUAUUAAAAGAGCUUCAUUUGUAUCGUAGUAUUAAAUGCAUAAAGUAUCAAAUAAUGAAUAAAAUAUAUUUUUU